UUAACUUGGAACUCCCUAUCAGAGAAAAUUGUUUGCUUUGGUAGGUAUCAAAUGUACCUAGCGCGAUAGCUUGGUCCGAUAGGCGCAGUGCCGCCGAGUAACUCGAGUAUGACAGACCUUUGUUCGUUAUCAGGCCCUUGCGUGCGGAGCAAUUCGACUUACCAACGAAAUACAAUGACUCCAAACUCAUUUUUAUUCUCCUUCGUCCGAAAGACUACGAGAGCUCAAUCAUAGGCUACUUGAAAUCCUCGCUUGAACAUAGCAUAAUAUGGCUUCUCCUAAUAGAAUAGUCGAGCUUUCGUCGCUGAUCGCGAAAGAGACCGCAGUCAUCGAUGGUUUCCUCACCCGGAAUCAAUUGCCAACGCCGUCACUGGAUGCGUACGCUCUUAAGUCUAUACCUAUACCAGAAGAAGCCACGGAAAUCCAUACGGCAAGGAGGGCAUUGAUCGAAGCUUGCUCAGAGCUGAAGGCCCUGAUGACCGGCCCAAAAGAUCUUCUGAAAUUUGAUUGGACAGCCUUCGUCAGUGUCAAAGCGGCCCUUCGCUUCAAACUUGAUAGAUCUUUCGCUGUUGGAGAUUCAACUACAUUUGAAGAUAUGGCAGAGUUUUCAGGCCUUAACGUAAGGAACGUGAGGCGCAUCGUCAGACAUGCUAUCCUGAACCACUAUUUUUUUCAAGAGGCUCAGCCUAAUGUUAUUACACAUUCCGGUUUGACAGCGGUUCUGGCUGAAGAUGAAGUUGCGCGCAACUCUCUCAUUGUGGAGCUAGAUGAGUUUUGGCCGGCAGGUGUCAAGUUAGCCGACGCUCUAGAAAAGUGGCCGAACUCCGAAGAGGAUAACGAGACAGGGUUUUCUCUCGCCAAUAACAGCAAUAAAGGUAUGUAUGAGAUCUUAGCUGAAAAUCCUGCCCGGCAGGAAAGGUUUGCGCUGUAUUUUGCAAACCCGGACAAGACAGCCGACGGAAUUUUUGACAAUUAUCCAUGGACGAAUGUCUCUAGCAUGGUGGAUAUCGGGGGCUCGCUGGGUAGCGUUGCUAUCGGGAUCGCUCAACGCUUUCCGAACGUGAAGUGCGUCGUACAGGAUCUGCCAAAUACGAUAGCAGAGGCGGAAUCGCGAUUGCCGGUCGAACUCCGAGACAGAGUGACGUUUAUGGCACAUGACUUCUUUACCGAGCAACCUGUCAGCGCAGAUGUGUACUUUUUCCGUUCCAUCUUCCAUAAUUGGGCAGAUAAAUACUGCAUUAGGAUCCUUGAAAAUUUGGUGCCUGCGUUAAAGCCAGGUGCGAAAGUAGUCAUUCACGAGCGUAUGCUACCAGGCCUCGAAAGCUUAACAACAAUGGAUGCAAGAAGAGCGAUAAACACAGAUAUCGGGAUGCAGCAACUUCUGAAUGCACAGCAGCGUGAGAUGCACGAAUGGCCCGAGCUAUUUCGUAAGGCAGACUCACGUUUCCGAUACAUUGGAGCCAAGAAGCCUACCGGCUCCAUACGUUGGAUUAUCGAAGCUGAGUGGCAAGGAUAAGUGGUGGUACUGGUGACGGGAGUGAGGUGGAUUUCUUUUUUUGUGGCGUCACACCAUAAUAUACAUCUGCUGUGCGACUCUUGAUAAAGCCCGUCGGACGUACGUAGUGAAGAGGCAGGUUUUACAAUAAAUAAUAUGCCCUGAGAUGUAAAAGAUCGUCGUUGCCGUCAC